AUGUCGGAGAAAGCAACCACCAAUGCCAGUCAGGGCCAUCAGGCUAUGAAACUGCUGCAGGCUGAGGCUGGGUUGGAGAGGAUGAUGGUGUCUAAAGCAGCCAGUGACUUGAUGCAAUAUUGCCUAGAACAUGUCAAGAACGAUCCACUGCUGAUUGGCAUCCCAGCCUCUUCCAACCCCUUCAAAGAGAAAAAAGAUGUGUGCUAUAGCAUGAGGGAAUUGAAGCAUCCCUCUUAA